AAGAUUAGCUUGGGUACUUAACUAGCCAGAGGUGUUGCUGAAUAUUUGUAACAUUUGUCAGCAAACGGCUAGCAAUAUUGUUACAAGCUAGUAACUAAUGUACGGUACGGCUAGUUAUCUCUGUCCAUAUUAACUUCGUGGAAUUAGGUAAACAAACUAGCUUAAUAACAAUAAUAGCUAAUGUCUCUGUUACCUCGUCGUUCCAUAACAAGAGUCAAAACUAACAGACAAAAUAGCUAAAUAAAAGUUAGAGGUUAUAAGGUCGGCCCUAUCGACGUUACGUUAUUUAGCUUGAUGCUAACUUAUUUAACUCACCACCUUGUUGGUUAGCUAGCUAGCUUCUGUAAGCUUUGUCCUUAAGUGCUAACAUAUGUGCCACAACUGUGCAGUCACCACGUUAAAACUAGGCCGCGAAUCAAAAACUAGGGUCUGUUUGUAUGAAAAUAUACCUCGAAAGGCCAGAUCAUGAAAAUGUAUCAAUAAAAGGUCUAACCAUCUCCUAAAAACAUUAAACUGGUGACACAGUAGUCAAAACAGACACCUGUACUACACCUUAGGAAGACUCUAAACCCUGGGAGAAUAAACAAGUGUUAAACUGGAUUUAGAAAUGCCUGUUUGAACCAACUGCAGUUGUGACAGCCGAUGGCUGAUGGAGUUCCCUGCUAAGUUUUGGGAAUGCAGCCACCUCUAGCACCAGCCACGGUCAGAGAGCUGGUGCGCUCCCAUCUCCAUCUUAACCCUGUUGCUGCAGAUUUGCGCUGCAGUCUUUUUGUGGCUGCCGUGCAGAACUACAAGCGUGACUCUGUCCUGAGACCGUUCCCACCUCGAUAUCUACGAGGAGAGAUAAAGGAUUUUGAAGAGUUGCAGAAAGAUGUGAGCUCCUUGCCAAGCAUAAGAGACCUGGUCCGACUGGAAUCAGGAGAUGGAGAUCAUCAUCUGGCACUAGUACACUGGGUGCUCUCCUCCAAGAGUUUUGAUAUAAAGACCAUCCAGAAAGAAGAGUGGACCAGACUCAGCCAGAUGACACAAAAUGCAGGGGUCUCCUCUCCUGUGCCAGACUUCCUUUUUGAAUUGGAAUACUGUGAACAAAUGAAUUCGAAGUUUGAGAAGACACGUGCAGGACGGGAUGUUAUCUAUGCAUUCCAUGGCAGCCGACUGGAGAACUUUCAUUCCAUUAUUCACAAUGGUCUACACUGCCAUCUGAAUAAGACAUCACUGUUUGGAGAAGGCACUUACCUGACCAGUGACCUUAGUAUGGCUUUUCUCUAUAGCCCCCAUGGAAAUGGAUGGUGUGACAGUGUCCUUGGGCCAGUACUAAGCUGUAUUGCCUUGUGUGAGAUUAUUGAUCAUCCAGAUGUAAAGUGUCAGGUAAAGAAGAAAGACAAGAGAAUUUGGGUUAAGAUCUUCUCAAAUAUUUUAGACUCCGAGAACCUUGACCGCAAGCGUUUGAGGGCAAGGAACAGCGAGGGUGGGGACGUGCCAGAGAAGUACUUUGUGGUCACCAAUAAUGAGCUGCUGAGAGUAAAGUACUUGCUGGUAUACUCUCAGAAACGUUCUAGAACCAGACAUGCUCAAAGGACAUCAUGGCUGGUCAGACACCAUUUUGCCAUUAUGAUGGGUCUCUACCUUCUGCUUCUCAUAUUCAUUGGUGCCUUCAAUUCUACUAGUUUUCAGUCAUUUUGGCAUAGAAUAUUCCGGUGAUCCAACUUUUCAUCACAUUUGCCUCGUUUCCAAAGUGCCUUUUUCUUUGGUUCACAAAGAUCACUUAAGAAUUUAGUUCAAGACUUGCAAUGAACUUAAUGCUCAGGAAACUCUGAACAUUUUAUCCAUCAGUUAGUGUGUGCAAGUUGUACUGCAGGCACACAUAAUUUAAUCAACGUUUAAUAUGCAUUUAUUAACUUUUUAAGUUAACACAAUGUAACAUUUACAUCUGAGGAACAGUGUGGGGAUAGACGCCUGCCUAUCUAGGCUGUGGGAUUCUUUUUUUUAAACACUGUGGCAUGUAGCUUGUCAUACAUUAGCUGUACAACCAAAUUAUGAGGGACAAAGUGCUGUCCUAUUGUGACCUGUCUUUACAGGAAUGUGCUUGGCCAAGGUCAGCACCUGCUUGCCUAAAUGUAAAUUAAUUAUAGGGAACCAGUAGUUGACCACAAUGAUAAUUUUACUGUUUAUAGGACUGAGAGAUUAAUUGAAUGUAUCCCUUAUGUUCCACCGUUUGAGCCAUCUCACAAAAUGAUUUCUGAUACUGCAUUCUUAUACUGUAUAUAAGACACACACACACACACACACACACACACACACACACACACACACAUAUAUAUAUAUAUAUAUAUAUAUAUAUAUAUAUAUAUAUAUAUAUAUAUAUAUAUAUAUACAAAAAAUGUAUGUGUGUGUGUCUUAUAUACUGUGAGACUGUUGGGAGUUUUCUCUUUAUGAAAGUUUUUGUUUAGAAAAGGUUGAAUGAUACAUUUUCAAUAUAGUUGAUUUGGGAACUGUUUAAAUUCUUCAUUGUUUAGUUGCCUAAAUAUGACUAACAGGAGAACAAUAAACUAGGACCAGGUGUGUGUGUGUGUGUGUGUGUGUGUGUGUGUGUGUGUGUGUGUGUGUGUGUGUGUGUGUGUGUGUGUGUUUUUAAUGUUAAAAAAAUUUGCAGUAUGUGUUCAUGACCAUUGACCUAUUAUUCUGUGAAUAAAUCUCUAAAAUAGUUUACACUUGGGUUAAUAAACACAUAUCUUUCCAGGA